CAUUGCAAUAAUCGUAUUAUAAAAAAAAAACGCCUCUUUCCAACAACCCCUGCUCAUUUCUACUCCAUAGAUUCAUCUCUUAGAUUUCAGAUUCACGUCUUACAUUUCUUUCCUCCAAAGCUCCAAUCUUUCGCGAGACCUCUUCUGCUCUAUCAUUUUCUUUCAACAAAUUUUCCUCCUUGAGAAAAAAAAAAAACAACACAGACUCAGAACAAGAGUGCCAUAUGACAGUUGCUGGCAUGAAAAAGCAGCGUGUCUUUUCUAUUUGAAAAUCGAUCCUAGAAAGAUUUCGUUUUUUUAAACAAGUCCGUUGAUUUAUCCGACUUAAUGGGGUUCUUGUCUGAUCCAACCGUUGAUUUUUGCUUCCCUCUAUGCCUCGACAUAUUCCCCUUGAUUCUCGAGAUUUAAAAGAUUCUAUUUUUCUCUUUGUUUGAAGCUUGAUCCUCGUAGGAACUGCAGAUUUUACUUUAUAUAUUUAGUUGUCGUUUUCGCUUUAAUUCGAACAAGAUGAGGGUGGCAAAGUCUCAGGUGUGGCAACCCUGCAAAAAGAAGAGGUUUUGAUAUACGAUCUUUGGGGACUGAUAGAGGAAGACGGUGGAUUUGCAUUUUGCGAUUUGGAAUCUUCAAUCUGAGGGGAUUCCAGACUUAGAUAGGGCAAGUAAGAGUGACUGAGAGAAUUUGGAAUCUUGCACACACUCAAAAACUUCGAGAGAGGGGUGGAAAAUGGCUUCUCGAGGGAGUGCUGCGACCGGCAGUAGGACGCGCGUCGGGAGGUACGAGCUAGGAAGGACCAUCGGAGAAGGGUCAUUCGCCAAGGUGAAGUUUGCUAGGAAUACAGAGACCGGAGAGAAUGUUGCCAUUAAGAUUCUCGAUAAAGAAAAAGUUCUCAAGCAUAAAAUGAUCGGUCAGAUUAAACGUGAAAUUUCGACCAUGAAACUAAUUAGACACCCAAAUGUGAUACGCAUGUAUGAGGUGAUGGCAAGCAAGACAAAAAUAUAUAUCGUUUUGGAAUUUGUUACUGGUGGUGAACUUUUUGAUAAAAUUGCAAGCAAAGGGAGGUUGAAAGAGGAUGAAGCAAGAAAGUAUUUUCAGCAGCUUAUCAAUGCUGUGGAUUACUGUCAUAGCAGAGGCGUGUACCAUAGAGACCUAAAGCCUGAAAAUCUGUUACUGGAUGCUAGUGGAGUUCUUAAAGUUUCAGAUUUUGGAUUAAGUGCACUACCUCAGCAAGUUCGAGAUGACGGGUUACUUCACACAACAUGUGGAACUCCAAAUUAUGUUGCUCCUGAGGUUAUCAAUAAUAAAGGCUAUGAUGGUGCAAAGGCUGAUUUAUGGUCAUGCGGUGUGAUUCUUUUUGUCUUAAUGGCUGGUUACUUGCCUUUUGAAGAAUCCAACCUUGUGGCUCUCUAUAAAAAGAUAUUUAAGGCAGACUUCACAUGUCCUCCAUGGUUUUCCUCAAGUGCAAAAAAACUCAUCAAAAGAAUCCUGGAUCCAAAUCCUUCGACGCGUAUUACUAUUGCUGAGGUUAUUGAAAAUGAGUGGUUUAAGAAAGGAUAUAAGCCACCUGCUUUUGAACAAGCUGAAGUUAGCCUUGAUGAUGUGAACUCUAUCUUCAAUGAAUCAGGGGAUUGUCAGAACCUUGUUGUGGAGAAGCGAGAAUCUCCUAUAGGGCCUGUGGCGCCUUUAACUAUGAAUGCAUUUGAACUGAUCUCUACAUCUCAGGGUCUCAACCUCAGUAGUCUUUUUGAGAAGCAAAUGGGACUUGUGAAACGGGAAACUAGAUUUACAUCCAAACGUUCAGCAAAUGAGAUAAUCUCAAAAAUUGAAGAAGCUGCGACGCCUUUGGGUUUUGAAGUCAAGAAAAAUAACUUCAAGAUGAAGCUUCAAGGGGAGAAGACUGGACGUAAGGGUCAUUUAUCUAUUGCAACAGAAAUCUUUGAGGUGGCCCCUUCUCUUUAUAUGGUUGAGCUUCGCAAAUCUGGUGGAGACACCCUAGAAUUUCACAAGUUCUACAAGAACCUGUCAGCUGGACUAAAAGAUAUCGUUUGGAGAACAAUUGACGAAGAAAAGGAAGAAGGACAGCCUGAGAUAAGUGGUUCUUCUGUCGUACCGGCAUGAGAUGUGGGCUGCUGUUAGUGGUUUGAAUUGUCUAGUCCAAAUAUAAUGGUUUGUAAAGACAGUAUCUUAGCUUGCAGUGUUGAUACUUCAUAGACAUUGUUAUAGUUUUAAAUGUUGUUGUCCAGAACUUGCUCCUGUACAAGAGACCUUAGUUCGACUCGGUUUGGCUUGGUUUGAACAAAUAAAUGUAUGGUAGCUUAUCU